CCUUUUCCUCCUAUAUAUAUCCACAUAAGCUGCGUCCCUUUGAUGUCCAAACAUUGAGCAGAGCUUCAUAUGAAAUGGCAGAGCCUUACAACUUAGCAUCUCAUGCAGUACACUCCGAGUCAGCUUCCUUCUCGGGCGCGUCCAGUGGGUCCUUCUGCUCAUCAGCUUCGAACUUGUCUGAUGAUGCAACUUCUUCCCCACCUGGUGGUCAUCCCUCUGAGCUAUCAUCAACAUCUUCGAGCACGUUGCAUCUGGAUGCCGAGGGUCCCCUGUAUGAGUUAUCCUCACUGCUAGAUGAACUUCCAAUCAGGAAAGGGCUGUCCAAUUACUACCAAGGGAAGGCCCAAUCAUUCACAUCUAUUUCUGAUGCUACAAGUGUUCAAGAUCUUGCAAAGAAAAUUUCAUACAGUAAGAGGAUGAGAGCAAGCAAAAGCUAUUCAGUAGGAUUAGACAUGAACCAACGGUCAAUCAUUGUAUCAAGACCAUGCAACAAGGUGAUUGCAAAGAGGCCCUCAAAUGGUUCAUUUGCCAGAGUAAUGCCAAGAACUAACAACACCAGCCAGAACAAGAGAGAUGCACACACAUAUUGAUCUGUAACAAAGGGAAAACUAGGGCGACAACUGACAAGUCUCCACUUCCCAUUGACCAGCUGUGCUUCGUGUGUGUGCUUUAUACAUGAAAAUCUGAAAAAAAAUGUUUGCUUCUACGAUCAACCUGAUUUCUUA